AUGAAGUUCUCAGUCUUCAUCUCUUCAGCUGCGCUUGUUCGCCAGGUCGUUGCCUCCCGCUGGCCGGAAUUCGAGUGGGACCCAGAGACCAUCAAAGACUGUAUCGAAUGGUACAACAAUGGCUUUGAUGUGCCGUGUGAAGACGUGCGCAAAUCCUUUGCCAUCAGUCCGCAACUAUUCCAUGAAUGGAACCCUUCGGUUGGUCUCGACUGUAAGCCAUGGGAAAUUAAGUCAUACUGCGUUCUCUCGCAGGAGUGGUGGGAUAGCAGGCCAAUAUCGACAUCGUCCUCGGCAAUCCCUACGACCACAACCACCUCAUUUACACUGGCUCCUUCUCCUACGUCCUGGAUCGAUAAAGGCUGUUAUGUGGAGGAUCCGAAGUUACCACUUCUCGACCGAAAUAUGAGCCCUAAUGGAGACGCAUCUUUGACCAUCCCGAAAUGCAAGAACAGUUGCUAUCGCCGUGCUUACGAGAUCGCGGGUGUACAAGAAGGCAACCAAUGCUGGUGUGGCACUUACAUCGGCGGGCUAUGGGCAAAAAACCAGACCGACUGCAACAUUCCCUGCACUGGAGACAAGACAACAAAUUGUGGUGGAAAGGGAUUACUAAACAUAUUCCGGGCCGAGAAGAACGAGACGCCUACAUCAACCGUUGUCUCUGGUAGUGGUCGUACAAGUGCCACGGUCUCCAGUGCUACCGUCGCCAGUGCUACUCUCGCCAGUGCUAGCCACGCCUCUGGAGCCAACAAGAACAUAGUCAUGUUCUGA